AGGUGAUCGGGAGGUGCUUCGGCCAGGUCGGUGGGGAGAUGGUGGGGAGGUGCUUCGGUAGGCUCGCUGGGGAGGUGCUUCGGCCGGCUCGGUGGGGAGAUGCUUCGGCCGGCUCAGUGGGAGGUGAUGGGGAGGUGCUUCAUCCAGGUCGAUGGGGAGGUGGUGGCAAGGUGCUUCGGUAGGCUCGGUGGGGAGGUGCUUUGGCCGGCUUGGUGGGGAGGUGGUGGGGAGGUGCUUCGGUCGGCUCGGUGGGGAGGUGCUUCGGACGGGUCGGUGGAGAGGUGGUGGGGAGGUGCUUCGACCGGCUCGGUGGGGAGGUGGUGGGGAGGUGCUUCGGCCGGCUCGGUGGGGAGUUGGUGGGGAAGUGCUUGUGGAGAGGUGGUGGGGAGGUGCUUCGACCGUCUCGGUGGGGAGGUGGUGGGGAGGUGCUUCGGCCGGCUCGGUGGGGAGUUGGUGGGGAAGUGCUUCGGCCGGCUCGGUGGGGCAGUGGUGGGGACGUGCUUCGGCCGAGUCGGUGGGGAAGUGGUGGGGAGGUGCUUCGGGUGGCUUGGUGGGGAGGUGGUGGGGAGGUUCUUCGGUAGGCUCGGUGGGGAGGUGCUUCGGCCGGCUCGGUGGAGAGGUGGUGGGGAGGUGCUUCGGCCAGGUGGUGGGGAGCUGCUUCGGCCGGCUCAGUGGGGAGGCGGUGGGGAGCUGCUUCGGCCGUCUCGGUGGAGAGGUGGUGGGGAGGUGCUUCGGUACACUAGACGGGGAGGUGGUGGGGAGUGCCGGCUCGGUGGGGAGGUAGUGGGGAUGUGCUUCGGCCGGCUCGGUGGGGAGGUGCUUCGGCUGGCUCGGUGGGGAGGUGGUGGGGAGGUGCUUCGGUAGGCUCGGUGGGGAGGUGGUGGGGAGGUGCCACGGCCGGCUCUGUA